GUUACAUUGAUAUGACUUCUCAUCUUUCUGAUUUAAAAUUAGGUAAAGACGACAAUACGAGGGUGUAGGAUGUCCUUCACAAGGCUGACUCAGAAGGUAUCUCUGCAAAUUUGAGAACUCUCAUAAGUGUGUUCACACCAUAUUACUCUGAGACUGUCAUGUUCAGCAUGUCUGAACUCCUUAAAAGAAAUGAAGACGGGAUCUUUGCUUUUUUUUACCUACAAAAGAUAUAUCCAGAUGAGUGGAGAAACUUCCUUACUCGGAUUGGCCGUGAUGAAAACACAUCAGAAUCAGAUCUUAGUAAUAAUCCCAAUGAUAUUCUUGAAUUGCGUUUUUGGGCUUCAUACAAAGGGCAAACAUUGGCUAGGACUGUGUGUGGAAUGAUGUACUACCGAAAAGCUCUCAUGCUUCAAGCAUAUUUGGAAAGGGUGGCAGCUCAAGAUUCUGAGGCUGUAAUUUCACCGAGCAAAGCAACUGAUACCCAAGGUUUUGAGUUGUCUCUUGAAGCAAGAGCUCAAGUAGAUCUCAAAUUUACCUAUGUAGUUACCUGCCAAAUAUAUGGGAAACAGAAAGAGAAUCAAAAGCCUGAGGCUGCGGAUAUUGCAUUACUAAUGCAAAGGAGCAGAAAUGUGAGCAUUGUGGUUGCUGGAGCUCAAACCGAGAAGACUUUGGACGUGGCCGAGGUAGAGGUCGGGGGUCCGGGAAAGGUCAGGAUGGCGGUCGGCUUCAGCGGGAUAAGAGUCACAUUAAGUGUUUCAAGUGCAAUGAGUUAGGACAUUUUUUGAACGAAUGUCCAAAAUGGGAUCAAAAGGAAGACAUUGCAAAUUUGAUUGAAGAUGAUGAUGAACCAACAUUAUUGUGAAGAUUGGUGUGAACAAACAACGAUUAGGGGGGUGAUUGUUAGAUUUAAUCGUA